GAUGUUGCUAUGGAAAUUGAAUAGAGAACAGGGGAAAAGUCAGGCUGCCAAUAAAUGAAGCGUUUUACAAAAAAAGAAGACCAGCAGACAGGAAAAAAAUAGUGAAACAAGCAGGCAAGAAGGUGCUUUAACGAGACUGUUGGCUGCGAAAAUAAAUUCCAAAAGGACGAUUCUCGGUUUGGAGAACGAAGUUCAUCAAUCUAAAUGAGCAUUAUCCCUGCUUCGGACAAAUUUGAUUUUUUUACAUAAUAUAGAUUUGAAUGUCUUCUUUUGAAUAGUCAUAAUUUAAUUUGGGUAAUAUUUCUAGAUUUUUCGCAAAAAAAUAUUAGCGCAGUACACUGAUGAACUUCUUUCCCCAAAUCGAGACUUGUAUUUUAUUGAAUCGGUCUAUUUGAGCAUUAUCCCUGCUUCAGACCAAUUUGUUAUUUUUACAUCUUGUAGAUUUAAUUGUCCUCUUUUGAAUAUUCAUAGUUUAAUUUGGGUAAUAUUUCUAUAUUUUUCAUGAAAAAAUUUUUAGCCCAGGAGGCUGUUCUCCAAACCGAGAAUCGUCCUUUAAAAUCACAGCUAUAUGCUCAUAAUUUCACCAGUGUUAGUGAUCCCUUUUGUAAAUGUGGAUUACCACAAACACCUUCUCAUUUUAUCUUAAAAUGUCCUCUGCUUGUAAACGAGCGUGAAACUUUAUUUGCAGGACUGCGAACUUCAGAUCUUCAUCUUUUGGUUCAGAAUUUGAACACAGUUGACAAAAUUCAGUUUCUUUUGUAUGGUGAUGAAGAUUUAGAUAAUUCAUUAAAUGAAAAAUUAAUAGAACUUAUGAGUCAUUUUGUUAAAGUCUGAGCCAAAUUGAUCGGUUUGGCUAAUUUUUGCAUGCAUGUGUUAACACAUCCCUGGCCCAUGGGAUUAUAGUUUCUUAUAUGAGUGAAAACAUU